AUGGCAGACAACGACGACAAAAGGAAAUUACUAGGUAAUCCACUUCACGGAAUAGUCAUCCCCGUCGGCUUACUCCUAUUUGGCACCUGGCUAUUCAGUUGGUCGUACAUGCCCUACACCAUUGCAUUCAUUGUUGUCAUAUGUUCGAUUCAAUAUUACUUAGCAACACAGCGCCGUUCAUCCAUGGACCAAACUAUAUGGCGUGAUUUUGAAUUGAUUGAUCGCACCAUGAUUGCUCCCUUGACGGCGAUUUAUCGGUUCAAAUUAGGUCGUGAUGACGAAGUAUUGGAUAUCCCCACUGGCCAUCAUUUAUCGUGUGUGUUUACCAUUGAUGGCAAGGAUGAAUUACGAUAUUACUCGCCUAUUUCAAACCAAUUUGAUUCGGGGUUUUUUGAUAUUUUGGUCAAGCAUUAUCCUCAAGGGAAAGUUACCAAGAAAUUGGCCUCGGUACAAAUUGGCCAGACUGUUAAAUUUAGAGGACCCGUGGGGACAUUAGACUAUAAGCCCAAUGAGGCCAAAAAAUUGGGAUUGAUUGCGGGUGGAACUGGUAUAACGCCAAUCUUGCAAGUGAUAACUCGUGUAAUCACUAAUCCUGAAGACGAAACCGAAUUGAAGUUGAUUUUUGCUUGUCAGACUCCGAACCAGUUAUUAUUGAAGCUGGAAUUGGACUCAAUCGCCGAAAAGUAUCCCAAAUUGUCCGUUUAUUAUACCGUGGAUAAUCCUAGUGAUGAUUGGACCGGUGGCGUUGGAUAUGUGACUAAGGAAAUGAUUAGCAAUAUGUUUGAUAAAGACAACUCCAAGAUAUUGAUGUCGGGUCCGCCGGCUAUGAAGAGCCAUGUUAAUGGGUUACUUGAUGAAUUGGACUGGGAUAAGGAGAGGGUUUUUUACUUCUGA